CAAAAUAGAAGAAAAUAGCCAAACAAAUGCUAUUCCACAGUUAUGCCUUUCGGAGGCCUACACCUCAAUUAGAUUCUCAUCGCCUUACCCCAAACAAUAGAAUUGGCUUUACAGGAGUGCACUACUACUCAACAUACAGGGGGGGGUAACUACAUGUACCACCAUUACGGCACACUAACCAUGCCGGGAAGAAAACAGCGCCGCCUGGGUUAUCCCAAAAAGGAAAAAGCCAAACAAAACAUCACCGUUAACCGCCACGGUCGUCUUGGACUUCAGCCAUAUCACGGUCAACACCAGGAACAGGAACUGGAACAGGGCCAGGAGCUUUCCCCUUCACCAUCAUCUGUAUUUUCUAUAUCCCGUAAUUCCCCCCGGUUCCAUCCUGUGCGUACAACGCCCUUUAUAUGGUCUGAUGAAACCAUGGAUUUCGAUAUCAAUGAAUCUCUUAAAUAUUAUUUGAGCGACCCCGCCUCUGUUCCCACCCCGGAAGCAGACCCGGAGCUGCUGGACUGCGAAAAUGACCCCGAAUCGCUAACCAGUCCCCUGAUAAAUGCGGUGCUGAACCCCAUAGUCGACGCUGUAGCCGAGAACCCAGAAGGCCUGGCAAGAAGCAGCUUCUUCGACUCGUUGCAAUUUCUCCUCAAAUUCUCUUCCCUACUCCCGACAAAGUCUCUCAGCAAGAUUCUGGAUCUUGUUGUCUCGGGUCUUGCGGUCGAAGCCGAUAUUAGCCACCAUGACAUCGAGUCCGAUGAAACUGAUGCCGUUCAGCAUCACAAACGACUUUUGGAAAUGUACGCAUUCCUGCUACACUGGACAUUGUCUGUAGUAGAGACAAAACUGGCAGAAAAGCCCGCUAUAGCGGCCCCCGCGCGGCGCGGAACCGGAAAAUCAAGACCAAAGCCUGCCACAAACGAUGAGCACUGGGACUCUUCCGCUCAAAUCCAGAUUGCCAUGGAUGUCAUGUGUAAAGUAUUGAAGCUAAAACUUGGGAAGAUAUUCAUGACCACCUCCGAUCGUGACACGUUUGUGAGCCUGUUUACCAAGACAAUAUACUUGAUUUUAGAAAGCGAGCAACGAGUGAAGAGCAUGUCAAUUCGAAUGCAUGCAUUUAAAGUCCUAUGCAUUGCUGUUAAGCAUCAUGGUCAUGCUUUUGGAGCGCAAACCUCAAUUGUCCAAAGCCUCACAUAUUUUGAGCACCUUUCAGAGCCCAUGGCGGAGUUUCUACAUAUCCUCGCGGAACAGUACGAUUAUCCGCAGUUGUCAGAUGAAAUACUAAGGGAACUUGGAAACAAGGAAUUCAAUUCAAACGACACUAAAGGCCCAAAAUCAGUGUCUGCAUUCAUUAUUAGACUUUCAGAACUUGCACCGAGACUGAUCAUUAAGCAAAUGACUCUUUUGGCAAAACAACUUGAUAGCGAGGCUUAUACGCUGCGAUGCGCUGUAAUCGAAGUGUGCGGGAACCUGAUAUCAGAUUUAAGCAAGCAGGAAGAAAGAGGUGACAACUAUACAACGCAAAUCAACUCUUUCUUUGACGUGCUAGAGGAACGAUUUUUAGACAUCAAUCCAUACUGCCGAUGCCGUGCCAUUCAGGUUUAUAUGAAACUUGCCGAACUAGAUCAAAAAUUCCCGAAACGGCGACAAAUGGCAGCAGAGCUCGCAGCUAGAAGUCUCGAAGACAAGAGCAGUAAUGUUCGCAGGAAUGCAAUUAAAUUGCUCGGCAAAUUGGUCUCUACCCACCCGUUCAGUGUCAUGCACGGCGGUCAGCUCUCGUUUAAGGAAUGGGAUGCAAGACUCCAGGCUGUAGAGGCGGAAUUAAAUUCGCUAAGGCCUCCCCCCGAGACACCUGGUCUAGGCGAGGAUGUGGAUGCCACCAACAUCGACAGUGAACUGCUUGACGAUGCUACGCAGAUGCCCGACGAGUCUCCUUCGAAGGCUCCUAGAUUGACCGAGGAACAGAAACAAGAGGCUAUGAGGAAGGCCGCAGAGGAGGCAGCAACAUCUGAACUGCUCACAAGGCUCCAGCUGACGAGAAAAUAUUACCUUGAAGCAAUUCGAUUUAUCGAAGUCCUUCACCAUGCUUCCCAGAUCGUUUCACAGUUAUUGUCGUCUCGAAAUAAGAGCGAAGUGAUCGAAGCAAUGGACUUCUUUGUUAUGAUUGACGCCUACAAAGUUGAGACUGCCCGUGCUGGUAUUCGACGAAUGCUCCGCCUAAUAUGGACUAAAGGAAAUAGUGACGAGGGAAAGGGAGUUCAAAGCCAUUUGAUUGACUGCUACAAAGGCUUAUUUUUUGACGCCCCAGACUCCUUCAGUUCUAAUGAUGCCGCCAACUAUAUCGCCCGGAACAUGAUCAGUCUCACUUUUGGCGCCACGCCAGCUGAACUCACUUCUCUAGAACAACUGCUCAGUACAAUGAUGAAAAUUGGUCAUAUUUCGGAUCUAGUUAUUGCCAAAUUAUGGCAGGUGUACAGCGUCCAAAAGAAAGAAAUCUCGAAGACUCAAAGGAGAGGGGCAAUUAUAGUUCUUGGAAUGAUUGCCCUAGCCGACCCUGAGGUUGUGGUGCGAGAGAUAGAAGCAAUGCUUCGUGUCGGCUUGGGAAGCCUUGGGAGGGCAGACCUUGUACUUGCCAAAUACACCUGCAUCGCGUUGAAAAGAAUGAAGCCCGGUCGGCAAGCAAAGUCCAAGGAUGUCGUCUCUCCUAAACUGUCGAAUGACCACGCAGUACUCAGCAAACUGGCUGCUAUGAUCGAGAUUGACUCGGAUAGCAAGGAGUGGUAUGGUGUUGCGGAACAUGCGAUUGGAGCAAUAUAUGCGCUCUCGAAACACCCCGAUGUGCUUUGCUCCGAAAUCCUUCGCCGGAAAACGAAGUUCGUAUUCCAGCCACACAUGCGACCCCGUUCAUCCCAGGAUAAUACCAGUAUGGCUUCAGGCGGCUUGGAGGAGCCCCAAACCCCUAGACGGAAAACGAGCUCUGUUCCGCUGUCACAAUUACUUUUUAUAGUCGGUCACAUCGCUAUCAAACAAAUAGUCCAUCUCGAACUUUGCGAACUUGAUUUCAAACGUCGAAAAGCCGAACAGGAAAAGAACAGAAGUACAGACCCAGCCCCCCAAAAACCGAAUCAGCCGUCCGAGGAUGAUGAGCUUGAUCUUAUUGGCGGUACUACAGAAGACGACUUUACAGAGGCAAUGGCUCAUAUUCGUGAACGUGAGCUCCUAUAUGGGCCGACGUCAUUGCUCACCAAUUUCGGCCCACUAGUUGCUGAGAUUUGCGCUAAUAAUAAUACAUACCCUGAUCGCAAUCUCCAGUCUGCUGCAACUCUGUGCAUGGCCAAACUUAUGUGCGUAUCCGGUGAAUAUUGCGAGAAGAACCUGCCUCUUCUCAUCACCAUAAUGGAGCGAUCGGAAGACCCAAUCGUUCGAAGCAACGCUGUCAUUGCUCUCGGCGACAUGGCCGUUUGCUUUAACCACCUCAUCGAUGAGAACACCGAUUUCCUCUAUCGACGGCUCAAUGACAGUGACGUUUCAGUCAAACGGACUUGUUUAAUGACUCUAACAUUCCUCAUCCUUGCUGGCCAAGUGAAAGUCAAAGGCCAGCUGGGCGAGAUGGCAAAAUGCCUCGAGGAUGAUGAUAAACGUAUUGCUGAUCUGGCGCGGAUGUUCUUCACCGAGCUGGCCUCGAAGGAUAAUGCAGUCUACAAUCACUUCGUGGAUAUGUUUAGCUUGUUGAGUACGGAGAAGGGCUUGGAGGAGGAUGCACUGCGGAGAAUUAUCAAAUUUCUGGCUGGGUUUGUAGAGAAGGAUAAACAUGCUAAGCAGCUGGCCGAGAAGCUUGCGGCCAGAUUAGCCCGGUGUGAAAGUGAAAGGCAAUGGAAUGAUGUUGUCUAUGCCCUGUCACUCCUGGCGCACAAAAAUGAGGAAAUCACCAAGACCGUCACGGCCGGCUUUAGGGUUGUCAAGUCGAAUGCCUGAGUUGGGUGUUUUCGGUUUCAGGAUGGGUGUUCUUAUAACCUUUCGCUUUUGAUUUGUAUGUAUCAGCGUUGUUUUGUUGGGAGAGGCUUCAAUAGGACCUAGGGUCCAGCUUGUGUGUAGCAAUUGGCGUCUGAAAGCAUAGGGAGGUUUUUACUUGAUUGCAGAUUGGCAUGGGUUGGUGGGAUGAAUGUAUGAAAGGGUGACUUGACAUUGACUGGGCUCAUGCUGGAUAAAUUCGUGUUCUUAUUUCCUACUUGGUCAAUAAUAAUGCAGGUCUAUAAUGGCGAAUUGUUCAUAAUGGUAUCUUUCCAAGGUUGUUAUGUCCUUCCCUAACCUCACUUUUCGCAGACUGCUGCUUUUAUCCAAUGCAAGUUACCUUGGAAGGAAAGGACUCGAGCGGCGAAAUAUUCACUAACCAAAGGAUAAUUUCCGAGCCACGUUGCAUAUUCUCAUGACAUAUAGCCACUAUGAAGGAGACAGACUAGAGUUGGAUAGCAAAGGAGGAAGAGUACAGAGAGUAAAGGGCAUAGUGUGUAAGCAAGGAAUACAUGUUUCUGAUAUUUCAAGUAAGAAAAGUGCACGUGGUAGGGAAUGGAUAAAAUGACGCGGACAUACACAAGUAGUCUAUCAAGUGGAAAUAUAUGAAAAUGGUGACUUCUAUAUCAAGCUUGCUAGAGAUAAAGAAACUUCGGGGGAAACGUUCCCUCCUAGGUUGGAAACCUUUUUCGGGGAAAAGAUGGCGCGAGGAUGAGGAAAUGAAACCAAGCAAGAUAGAGAGUAGCAUUAGCAAUAGGAAAAGGGAAUGGAGGGAAUGAAGGGAAUCUAAAGCAAAGGACAUGCACUGAUACGUAUGUGAUGAUGCAUUCACGAAUAUUAGUGGUAAAAAAAAAGGCAAAAAGUUAACUGAAAAAAUAGUAAAAAAAUAAAAAGAAAAAGAAAAAGAAAA